UUUACUAAUUGGGUGUAACAGAGAGAUAAGUUAUAAAAUCAAUGGGGAGGACAACAGCUGCAUCUUCAAUUUAUGUGUAUGUGGAUUCGUGAUGCGUCGCGGUCCGGCGCCCCCGCCACCGGCCCUCAUAUUUAUACGCUAAAGCGGGCAUUGCGAAGAGUUCAAACGUGCGUCGGGCGCUCAGAACAGUAGACGAUUGAGAAGCGAUUCGCACCGCGUGGGUAGACAAGGGCGAGUGCAGUGUGCAGUGCGUACGGGUCGAGUCUUGUGUAGCUGAAAGCUCGCCGCGAAGCCUCCAGCUCCCGAGAGCGGCGGCACCGCGCGAGCGCCCGCCUCCGCCGACCGCCUCGCGUCAGUGCCGGGCCGGCCGCGCCGCAGACACCACGCUCCGGGCUUCACGAGACGCUCCUCAGCCCAGCUGGACUCUAGUGACAUAAACAUUUUAGCGACCUGCAGUUGACGACCUCGACAUUCGCACUGACACUCAGUUAUAGAGGCGACGGCAGAUGGAUCGGCGGUGCGCGGCGGGGGCGCUGCUCGCGCUGGCCGCCUGCAUCGCGACCACGGCGGCGGCACCUACAGCCAGCAACCAAACUGCAUUAGAUUUAUAUGAAGGACCUUCGGAAGGAUGUUACUACAACUUCCAGCACUACGGGGAAGGUGAUCGUAUCAUGACAAACGAGCCCUGCCUCAACUGCACAUGCCACAAUCGAAUGCUAAUGUGUUAUCUGAGGGUCUGCCCCUUCACCAAACCUAUUGGUCAAGACUGCUCGGUUGAAAAGCGCGCUGACCAGUGCUGCCCCAUCGUCACUUGCCCUGAUGUUCCAGUUGACCUACUCACCUCGACUUCGACGUCAUCUCCGUCUGAAUAUGGCGAGACUGGACUCGGCAAGUUGGACAGAUACGGCUGCAGCAUUAACGGGAAAUACUUCCCCGAGGGCUCCAAGGUGCCGCCUUCACCGAACAAACCGUGCGAACAUUGCUACUGCAUACGAAAUAUGACGACUUGUGUUAUGCAAGAAUGUACUCUUCACGUGGACGGCUGCACUCCGAUUUAUCGUAAAGACGUGUGUUGCCCUGUUCGCUACUCGUGUGAUCACCCCGAGGAUGAAAUACCACUCUUGGACGAUAUGACCACCACGGUGCGACCUACGCCAGGAUUCCUUCUGACCACCACAACUCUUGCACCAGUAACACAAAUGACACAAGAUUGUGUGCACGAUGACAAAAUAUUUGCUGAUGGUGCAUCAAUAAAAACAGAAAAGGCUUGCGAACAUUGUUAUUGCAUGAAAGGUGACAUUGUAUGUGUAGUGCAAGAAUGUGGUACUCCUAUGGAAAAUGAAGGCAAAAAUUGCACUUCCAUGCCUCCACGUGAAGGCCAAUGCUGCCCCGAUACCUACAUCUGUGAAGGCGAUGAAAUGACUACUGAAACGAAACCUGAUAUUGCAACUGUAACCCCCUUCGAGGAUAUAACUACAUUAUCUCCACCGAGAAGAGUAAGUGUAGAAGGCAGUGGAUAUAGAAGUGAAACAGAUGAGCCAUCGACCGAAGUUCCACCAUUGGAGCCCGACACUGAAGGUAGUGGGGAAGAACAACCUUUCAAACCAACCGACGCCAAUGAAAUGCUUCUUCCGGAAAGCGAAACCUCUCAUCCGUUAAUUGUAACUGAUCAAGAUGAAAUUCCAGACCAUUAUAGCCCAGGCACUACUGAAAUACCCGAAACGGAACCUAAAAUUACUGAAAAAACAACAACUGAGGCUGAUAAGGGAGAAAAUACCGUGCCGAGUGGAGAUUUCGAAGAAGAUAGUUCAGAUAAAACUUCACCUGAAACAACAACUAUUAAACUAGAAACAGAAAAAGAGUCCUCUUACGGCACGAAAACAACUGCAUUACCUGAAGAUGAGUCUUCCCUAAAAGACAAAACUACUCCUCAUGAAGAAAUAACAGCUACCGAACCUGCCGUCAUUGCGGAAUCAACUAUUGCUGAUCAUAAGUUACAUACAUCCCCAGAUGGCACAGUUACUUCAGAAGACCAAGUGGCUGAAACUACGAUACCCACCAGAAGGAAAGAAGAAGAUGAAAUGAUGCCCAAGGAAACAACAACACUGAAACAUUUGGAAGAAUCUACCACUAAAGCAAGUGACAUCAUAGCUCCGGACGUUGCUGAAACGGAAAGCACUACUUCUUCAUCCAUAGACCAAGAAGUUGAAACUACAACUUCACAGUUAAUUGAAAAAGAAAUAGAAGUUAAAGAAUCAACUACAGAAACUGAUGUUAUUAAGACAGAUCCCCAAACUGCUACGACUAUACAACCUGAAAUUGCUACUGAGUUUACUACUGUCAGCAAAGUUGACCUUUCUUAUACUACAUCAGCAAAUCCUAUUGAAAACGAAAUUGAUGAAGAAUCAUUCCCCACAUUGGCACCAGGUAGAAUACCCGGUGAAGGCGAUUGCUUACUUGAUGGUGUCACUUAUAGUCACGAGAGUAUUGUACCCAGUAGCAGUCAUUGUCACACCAGUUGUAGGUGCAUCAGUAGCAUUGUCAAAUGUGAACCAAUCAUUUGUAGCCCACCGCCAGACUAUAUGGAUAACUGUCAACCAAUGUAUGAUUCUCCUGAAUCUUGCUGUCCUACUUAUGUAUGUGAUCAUCCAAGAGAAACAGUUCCACCUCAAUCACAUAGUCAGAUGGCAGGUACAGAAAGUCCUAUUCCUACACCUGCAAUCGAAUGUGAUGGGGACCAAUGUAAAACCGAUGAGGAUAAGAAAGAAACUACACCAUCAGUACCGUGCACCUCUGAGGAUUGUGCCGAUGAUUCAAAUAAGAAGCCUGACGAAUGUGGAUCUCAAGGGUGCGGCGAAGUUGCCAUUAAGCCAGAAGAAGCACAUCCAGCUAUACCUACCGAAGAGUGUAACGGCGAUAGAUGUUCCUCAUCACCAGAUCAUUGUGCCUCGGGUAAAUGUGAAACAGAACUUCCAAAAGAUCAAACGUGUAAUGAUGAACAUGGUUGUGAAAUUCCUGUCAUUCAAACAUGCCAAGGCGAUGAUUGCGCAACUCAACCUGACGUUACUGGUCCUAAGGAAGCUUUCACACCUUGUGAUAAUCCAAAUGGCUGUAAAGAUCAAACGUGUAAUGAUGAAAAUGGUUGUGAAGUUCCUGUCAUUCAAACAUGCCAAGGCGAUGAUUGCGCAACUCAACCUGACGUUACUGGUCCUAAGGAAGCUUUCACACCUUGUGAUAAUCCAAAUGGCUGUAAAGAUCAAACGUGUAAUAAUGAAAAUGGUUGUGACAUUCCUGUUGUUCCAACAUGUCAAGGCGAUGAUUGCGCAAUUCAACCUGAUAUCACUGCUUCUAAGGAUGGUUCCACACAUUGUGAUAAUCCAGAUGGCUGUAAAGAUGUCCAAAUUCCAGAAAAAGCACCACCUUGCACAGAUGAAUCAUGCGUAUCGGAAUUGCCAUCUCAGGUACCACAAGAACCUCAAGAUUGUAAGGAUGGCAGUGAUUGUGAUCAAAGUAAUCAGACUCCAACUACUGAAGAAUGCAACGAAGAAGAAUGUAAAAUAAAACAAGUUCCAGAAAUUAAUAAACAUCCUAGUGAUUGCAUUGGCAAUAAAUGCACACAACAACAAGGUCAUGUACCACACAUAACUGGUAUACCAGAGUUUAGUACAGAUUCUACCCCAAGAGUAACUGAAUUACCUGAAGAACUGGGAACAAAAUCUGAGGAACCAGUUACCGAGUUACCAAAGACAACUGAUAUCGAAAAAGAAAUUGAACCCAGUGCAACCACCAAAGCUUCCAUACCAGAAAGGGGCGAGGAAACAAGUACAACUCCACAAUACGAAGAAAUUGAUAAUGACAAAGAAAAAGGAACUCCUUCAACUAUUUCUAAGAGCCCUGAAAUAGUAACCCAGGCAACAAAGGGUGAACAGGAAGAGAGCAUUACUGAAAGUGCCAACAAAGAAACAACAAUGGUUCCAUUAGAUGUCACCGAGGUAAAAGAAAUAUUACCAGAAGUAACACCAGCAUUCUCAGAAGUUCCAACGACAGAAAUACCAAGCUUAUCUGAUAAGGAUACUAAAGAAACAAUUACAGAAUUGCCAAGCUUUACUGGAACUGAGUUGCCAGAACCAACAUUAAAACCAAUCAGUGAUACAGAGUCUGAAGUUCCAGAAGAUGCUGCUAAAGAUAAGGACACCGCUGAUAUUACCACAACUGAGGGAGCAACUCAAAGUAGCUCUCCCAAGAUAACUGAGGUAACCACUAAAUCACCAGAGAUGUUAACUCUAGCUCCUGAAUCUCUAGACAGAGAUGGCCACGAAAAACCAACGAAGGAACCAGAAUAUGUGCAAGACACUGAAGAAAAAAUAACUGAACCUACUGAACGUUAUACAUCUGCACCUGAACAAACAACUGAAAAGGUAGAGGUAGAACCAAUCCAAGAAGAAGAAUCACAGGGUACGCCAACGACACCAAAAUCUUAUGAAGAUCAAACAGCUGCUCCGGAGGUUCUCGUAACAGCAUCUCCUGAGCCGCAAAGUACUUCAGCACAAGAUGAAGACAAAAAAAUACCAAAACUGCCAGUGUCUACAUCAACACCUGAGCUUGAGCUUGUCACCAGUAAACCUGACGAUACUAAGCAGACUGCCGGUGAUAUGUCAUUACCAGAUACUACGGAAAUAGCUGAAACUCAAGCCCCAGAGUUAGUUGUUGAUGAAGCUACGUCUAAACCAGAAGACCUUGAUCUCUCUGAAAACGUUACUCCAGGUGAUGAUGAAAUAACGCCUAAACCGUUUAUAACAUUACCUCAAGAAACGUCUGCUGAAGAACCUGACGAAGACAAAAACGCAGAAACACCGCCACCUGUUAUAGUUGACAUUCAAACGCAAACUCCAAUGUCCAUUGUGAAAGAUCACGGUGACGAUGAAUUUGGCAGCACAGUUACACCUGAGCCAGCAAUAACCACUGAGCGUAGUACAUCGGAAUCAGAAUCACCGGACUCCGCACAAUCACCGCAGCCAACAAGCAUGCCUGCUAAAAUACCAUCGGAAGAGUCAGUAUCCGAUAUUGGAAAAAUGCCUAGUGUUAGUGAUGAAGAUAAUGCGGCUACGCCAACAGAAUUACCUGCAGAAAAGUUGGGAACAUCAGCUGUCGCGGAAGAUGUAUUCCCAACAGAAAAACCUGUGGAUGAUUCAGAUAAAACGGCUCCAGAAACGGAAACUAGCACAGGUUCUUCGCCAGUGUCAGUAACAAUUGUCACUGAACCAAUAAGCUCGGAACCUUCUGUGACAGAAGCUAAUCUCCAAGAGUCUAGUGCCCCACAAGAAGAAACAAGUGACAAUACAGAAACCAAAUCGCCUACCUCCAUCCCGGAGAGCUCAUUACAAUCAACCACUGAAGGAGGAGAAAUCAUUACUCCUUCUCAGGAACAAUCGAAUGAUAAUGAAGAUGUUACGGAACUACCGGAAUUAAUAGUUCAUGAACACCCGACGGAACCGUCUUCAAUUGAAAAAGAAUCUGAGCAACCUGUGACCGAAGAGGCUGCUACUAAGAAACCACAAGAACUUAUACCGGAAACGGUAACGUCUGAUAUACCCCUACCACAGGAUGCUCUGACUACUACUCCAGAAAUACUAGACGGCGAAUCACCAUCUCGGAAACCAGAUCAAGAAUCUAUUACAAAAGCACCGGAAAUCUCCCAACCUGAAACUACAGAAUCUAAGCUAGAUGAGGAACUGCCUCACAUCCCUGAAUCAUCCUCUACUGGAGCACAAAAAGAAGUAACAGAAGGCCCAGAGUUACAAGUCUCGACGGAUACUCCAGAAGUAACAGUUGGAGAUGUCCAGAAGGAAGAAAUAGAAACACCAGCGACCCAAGUUACCGUUACUAGUGCUCCUAAGAUAUCGGAAACAGAACCGCAAGAAACAAUAACAGAGUCGCAACCUUCCUUAACAGAAACAGACAUGUUCGUAACUCAACCUCACAAAGAUACUACAGAAGCCCCAGAAUCAACCGAUAUGGUUACCAAGCCCUCCGAUGCUUCUGAAACUGCCCCGGAAUCACAAAAAGAAUCUCCAGCUAUGCCUGAAGAACCGGAAAUACAAUCCCACACGGAAACAACAAAACCACAAGAUGUUACAACUACUGCACCAGAAAUAUCUUUAACUGAGUCACAAAAAGAAUCUACAGAAAUUCCAGAAUCACAAGAUACUGUAACAAAGGUGGUAGAUAUAUCUCCGGACAAAUUAGAUAAGGAAACUCCAAAAGAACCUAAGCCUCAAGAUGCGGUGACCAGCGUACCAGAAUUAUCUGAAACUGAACAACAAGGAGAAAUUACGAAAGCUCCAGAGGUAACAGAUGUGACCACCAAUGUACCUGAGAUACUAGAAACAGAACCUAAAGACAAAACAACCGAAGCUUCUGUGGUACAGGAUCUAACAACAACCCUUCCCGAGCGAGCUAUUACAGAAACAGUACCUAUAGAGGAUACAAAGAUUCCUAUGAUAGGAGAAAAGGUAACCGGUAUUCCCGAAAUAUCUGGAACUGUACCUUCAACAGAGGGUACUGAAGCUCCAACGCAUGAUGAUUCUUCAAGUGACGUUCCAGAAGUACACGCAACUGAACCUCAAAAAGAAGUAACUGAAGCUCCAGCAACAGAAGAUACAGUAACGAAAGUUCCAGAGACUUCAACUACGGAGUCCCACCAAGAUACACAAGCACCUGAAUCUCAGGAUAUUGCGACAAGCUCCCCUGAAUUACCAGAAACUGAACUAAAGAAGGAAUCAACUGAAGCUCCUGAGUCACAACAAACUAGUUCAACCAUUCCCGAAACAUCACCAACUGAACCUAAGAAGGAGAUUACAGAGCUACCUGAAACCCAAGGAAUUACAGAUGCGCCAGAAAUUUCAGCUGACACUAAAGCUCCUGAAACUGAACCUAAGAAGGAGAUUACAGAGCUACCAGAAACCCAAGGAAUUACAGAUGAGCCAGAAAUUUUAGCUGAUACUAAAGCUCCUGAGACUGAACCAAAGAAGGAGAUUACAGAGCUACCAGAAACCCAAGGAAUUACAGAUGCGCCAGAAAUUUCAGCUGAUACUAAAGCUCCUGAAACUGAAUCGAAGAAGGAGAUUACAAAACUACCAGAAACCCAAGGAAUUACAGAUUCACCAGAAAUUUCAGCUGACACUAAAGCUCCUGAAACUGAACCGAAGAAGGAGAUUACAGAGCUACCAGAAACCCAAGGAAUUACAGAUGCACCUGAAAUUACAGCUGAUACUAAUGCUCCUGAAACUGAACCGAAGAAGGAGAUUACAGAGCUACCAGAAACCCAAGGAAUAACAGAUGCGCCAGAAAUUUCUGCUGAUACUAAAGCUCCUGAAACUGAACCGAAGAAGGAGACUACAGAACUACCAGAAACCCAAGGAAUAACAGAUGCGCCAGAAAUUUCUGCUGAUACUAAGGCUCCUGAAACUGAACCGAAGAAGGAGAUUACAGAACUACCAGAAAGCCAAGGCAUUACAGAGGCACCAGAAAUGUCAUCUGAUACUAAAACUCCUGAAACAUCUGACGCCAUGUCUCCAGAGAAAGUAACAAAGGCCCCAGAAACACAAACAGUAGCAACGAAUGCUCCACAAGUACCAGCUGUUUCGGAAACUGAAGUGCCAGAAACACCAGAAUCAUCAGAAAAAACCGUAACAGAGCCACAGAAUAUACCUACAGAAAUAUCAGAUGUAUUAGAAUCUCAAAAACCAGCGACCGAAUUACCUGAAAUUUCACCUGAGUUGGCUACAAAUGCUCCAGAAAUGUUAGCAACAAAAUCUGAUAAGGAUAUAACCGAAGCGCCGGAGCAAGAAUUCACAACUAAGACACCAGAACCGUUAGAGACUGAGCCAGAGCCAGAAAAAUCUUCAAUCACAGAAAAGGACGAGUCAGUCACAGACUCACCGUUAAAAAUAACAACUAAAUUUGAUGAUCAAACUAAAUCUGAACCGCAAGACUUUGUUACUCCCACUGAAUCAUCGAAACCCGAAACAGAAAAACCACUAACUACAGAAGUCGGAUCAUCAACUGAAGCAGAUAAAAAGAUCGAGUCACAGGCAACUGAAUAUCCGGUCAAGAUAGCAGAUUCAGAUUCUGAAACAGAGAAGCCCCACGAGGGAGUAGAAAUUGAGACGGAAAUGCCGUCUGUGGAACCCGCACAGACUGAAUCAUCCGUUUCUGGAUCCAUUGAAUCCGAAACGAAAGCACCUGAAUUGGGUGCAACAGUACCACAAGAAUUGCCUGUGACAGAAAAGCAAGAUUCAAGGCGAACUGAACCAACAAGUGCUCCAGUUGAAGAAGAUGUUACCAAAGCUCCAGAAACUUUAGAAACGCCAGAGAAAACAACAAUCAUAUCCGAAGAACCUGAGCAAACGACAAAAGAAGAAUACCCAGAAACAACGCCAGACUUAGUAUUAUUAGAGGAACAUACGCAUAAGACUGUAUCCCCUGAUUUAGAAACAAGUACUAGUCCUUCCGACAUACCAUUAAAGGAAUAUGAACCAUCGACACCUGAAAUAUCUAUAGAGAAGGUAACAGAGUCUGUCCCGACCCCGAGUACGGAAUCAGAAAAGUCACCGCAAGAAGACGUGGUAUCCGACAAGGAUCAAGGUGUACCAGAACUGACAGAAACCACGGCACCUGAAAAAUCAACGGAACCUUUGCCUGUGUCUGAGGAGAUCGCCACGAUAUCUCCUUUGCCUGAAUCUCUAGAUACUGAAAAACCACAUAUUGUAGAUUCUAAUGAAAUUUCUACGUCCCCACCGACGACAGCUGAAGAACCAACAGAAACUGAGAAGCCUUUAGUACCAAGCAUUGAGGCAGAAUCAGAGAAACCACUUGUGGUAGAAACGAAUGCACCUGAAGAAGAGUAUAUUUUAGCAACCACCAAAGCCACAACUAUAAAAGCAGAAGAACAAUCCACGACACUUUCACCGUUACUUGAUAAAUUCGGAAAACCUGAUGAUGAAGCACAAAAACCGGCAGCUGAACCUGAAAAAUCACAACCUGAUGUUACUGAAGAAUUACCGAAACCUGGAGCCAACGAAGUGCAACCCACAGAAGAGGCAUUACCACCAGAAGAAGAAAGCCAUUUCCCACCGAGCGGAACUAGUGGUUACGGACAAGAGCCUGAUUACGGAGAAGAAGAUUCCUUCGGUCCUGGUACUUGUCGAUAUGGUGGAAAAGUAUACGUAUCUGCACAACAAAUACCAAGAGAAGAUCCUUGCGAUUUCUGCUUCUGCUUUAGAAGUGACAUUAUUUGCCUUCAACAAAGUUGUCCUCCUCCAAUUCAUGGCUGUCAUGAAGAACCUAUCCAAGGAUUCUGUUGUCCUCGAUAUGAAUGCCCAGUGUCCAUGGCGACUACUCUCAACGUUACGACAACAACGACAACGACGACGACAACGUUGCCGCCACACUUCCUACCUCACGCCUACAAGGGCGCUGCGCAGAGAAGAGGCUGUCAAAUAAAGGGACACACCUACAAAGUGGGAGAAGUCGUGCGAGCAUCAUCAGGACCAUGUUUACAUUGCACAUGUGGAGGAGACGGUCAAAUGAAGUGCGACCCCAAGGUGUGUACGCCAGAGCCCAUGCUCAGACAAAUGAUCGCCGCUGCGGUAUCCGCGAAGCGACGAAGGUGAAAUACCCCCCGAGAGAUGACUCAUUUGCCUGCGACGUCACUAGGGUAAAGGACCUAUGUGAUAAUACUUCCAUCUACUCUUUUAUGCACAAGAAUAAUGCUCAAAUUAUCCCGAAGGAAGGAGUAGUGUAAGAUUUCGUGUCAUAUAUGGUAAUUUUUUUUAACUUUCAUAAAGUCAUGGCACGCACAACUCAAUAAUACUUGACUGUGAUUAAAAUAUUAAAUUAGAUUUUUCUAAAUCUGAAUUGUUAGUGUUUUUGGGUCUUCAUUAUUAAGGCUAAUUUAUUAUUAUUAUUAUUUAUCUUUUCAUUAACAAAAGUCAGUGCCAAACGAUAGUGCUAAGUUGUAAUCGACUAAGCCUUUAUGAUAACAAGAGUUUCAAAAUUUAUUAACACUUUAAAGUGAAACUGACCAAAGCGAAGCUAUUCGAUGUCGAUAAUAAUUAUACUUAUUGAAACGACAAAACACUUCCAGCUUCGUGUCGUUGGUCACUAGAUCGCCGAAAUCUUGACCAUUUUUACUUAUUGUACACUUAAUUUACCGAAAUAGUUAAGUUUAGUCAAAAUCUUUGUUUUUACACGAUGUUAUAAUAAGCGAUCUAGUAUCGUGUAAAUAUGAAGUAACCCAUAAGGAUCCCUGAUGUAAAUGCCUUACUUAAUUUGUAAUAAUUUAUAUAUGUUAGGUGUAUAGUACUUAAGCCAUGUUUUAAGACCAGUGACUAUUAUAAUUUAGAAGUUAGAAAAAGGAAGCCACUUCAUGUUGAUAGGGCGAAAAGCGUCCGUCGACGCGAGCGGGGCACACGCGCCGGCGCAGCCUUGGCGAGCGCUUUUCCUGCCUCCACGUCUGACAGAAAGUGACAUCACGACUGAUCUUGUUUUCUCUAAUUCGUGAAGGUGCACAGUUUUUACUAGCACUUAUUUAGUAAUAGUGACCAAUAUUUUUAAAAGUGUUUUGUAAAGAACUUUUUGCAAUAUGAUGUUAAUGAGCAUAUUGUAGGAUCUUUUGUAACUUUUGAUAUUAAAGUGCUGGUAGACUUAAAUACAUGACCUUUCAUGUGUAACAGAUCAAGACGGGUACGAAAGUUGAUCAGACUUUGCGAUCGUUUUUGGAAUGAUAUUACUUAUAUGUAGAGAUGUAAAUAACGAUCGCAUUAAUUCGUACAAACCUUCUUCUGUGUAUGUAAGUUGUAGUUAUAUUUCUUCUUAUUUAUUUAAAGUUGUAGUUUUGGUUGUAUAUCAUGAUGAGAUAGGUUGUCAAUACGAGACAAUAUUAAUUUUCUUUUAUAAAAAAAUAUAUUCAGGUUUUCAGGAAAAUAGAUAAUUUUAUUUCAACUCUAUUUUAUUUGUUUAAUUAGUUAUUACCAAGCUACAAUCUAUCUGUCUGUGCUACUGUGCAAGAGAGUUUAAAUAAAAUAUUUCAAGUGAA